AUGCUAGAGCUGGAAGAACGACGGUUGAGGCAAGACGUCAGCGCGCAUUUAAGUGCCCGCCAGACAGCGCCGUGCUGGGGAUGGAGAAAGCGCCUGCCUCCGGGCAGCUCCCGGCUUCUCGGGAAAAACCGAACAGCGACGCGCAGACAGAAGUGCAGGAUAAAUGGGAGGGACGCUUCCUGCGCAGAGUGGGACGGGGCGCCGAGGCCGGAAGGGAAGGAGAGGGGCUGCUGCGGAAGAGCAGGCCCGGGGGCAGGCUUGCGGGCAGGAGGGAGCGCUGUUCGAAGAACAGCGAGGAGAGGAGCCCCGGAAAGGUCCUACGGAGGCCGCCGGGAAAGGUCCUACGGAGGCCGCCGGGAAAGGUCCUACGGAGGCCGCCGGGAAAGGUCCUACGGAGGCCGCCGGGAAAGGUCCUACGGAGGCCGCCGGGAAAGGUCCUACGGAGGCCGCCGGGAAAGGUCCUACGGAGGCCGCCGGGAAAGGUCCUACGGAGGCCGCCGGGAAAGGUCCUACGGAGGCCGCCGGGAAAGGUCCUACGGAGGCCGCCGGGAAAGGUCCUACGGAGGCCGCCGGGAAAGGUCCUACGGAGGCCGCCGGGAAAGGUCCUACGGAGGCCGCCGGGAAAGGUCCUACGGAGGCCGCCGGGAAAGGUCCUACGGAGGCCGCCGGGAAAGGUCCUACGGAGGCCGCCGGGAAAGGUCCUACGGAGGCCGCCGGGAAAGGUCCUACGGAGGCCGGAGAAGGUUUCCUUUGAUCCUGAGUGGGGGAGGGGAGAGAUAGGAGAGUCAAAGAAGGAGACAGAAGGAAGCAGUAACACACACACACACACACACGUUUCCGCUGCACAUGUUUUUUUCUCUUCCCCUUCACGGAAGAUCUGGCGAGUUAAGGCCGUUUGCAACACUUCCCGCAGGGAUGGCAACGACCAAGGCCCCAGAGGGCGAGAAAAAGGGCCUUAGCACCCCCGCCCCUUGCACAAGGCAAACCGCCUAACGCUGUUUACAGGCCAGGGAGGGAGGCGUGAUGAGCGUGG